UGCAUCUAUAAAUGGUGCCAAUAUCUAUCCUUUUGAUGAUACUUGUGUGCCAGCAUGAACAUUUUAUUCUUUUGAUGGAUAAUUUGACACUGUAUAAGGCUACGGUUACUUUUAUUUGUGUCGAUAACAAUAAAAGGCGACAAUAUUUCUUUCUUUUUGAUGAUACUUCUGUGCCGGUAUAAACAUUUCAUUCUUAGGAUGGAUAAUUUGACACUGUAUAAGUCUACGGUUACUUUUAUUUGUGUCGAUAACAAUAAAAGGCGACAAUAUUUCUUUCUUUUUAUUGAUAUUCUUGUACCGGCUUUGUAAUUGAGUACUUUUUGUACCUCAAAAUUGAUUGUUAGACAUUAGACUGAAGGAUUUUAAGUUUCAAAUUGCUAUAUGUGUUGUACUCAUCAAUAUAGGGUGUCAACAUUGACCUUUUUCAAGGUUAUUCCAUACCGGCAACCUAUUUUAUUCUUUUUGGUUUAUAGUUUUCAGUGUAUGGAGACUAAAAACUUUGUCGACAGAUAUAAAAAGUGCCAAUAUUUCUUCUUUUAUAUGAUAUUUAAGUACUUUUAUGCCUCAUGCUGGACUGUUUGAGUUAAAUUAUAUUUAUUAUUUUUUUUUUUUUUUUUUUUUUUUUUUAACUGGUCUGAUAAAUGCUGGAGUGUUAGAGUUAAAUUAUAGUUAAAAUUUUUAUUUAUUUAUUUAUAAAGUCUGAGUGCGCAUGCGCGACAUGCCUUGGAUACAAGGGUUCCCCCCAUUAGCAUAUGUGUACUGAGUGCUUUAUAUAGUAGGCUUUGUGUAAUAAUUUCCUCAAACAAGGUGUGACACAAAAUUUGAAUUCAGGGAAGAUAAUCCAAUUAGGAAUAUAGGCAAAGUUUGAAAAAUCGUAGCUCCGUUGUUUGCGGUCCGAUGUAUAAACUGUUUAGUGUUUUGGAAGAGACAUUUAACUGCGGAAAUUGUGCUGACUUGAUAGUGAAAAUAAAAUGUGUAUAGCCGUUAAAGAAGACUUGGGUAUUUGUUUACAUAUCAGACGUAGUAAGGAAUACGGGAGGCUAUAUGGCAAACUUUGAAAAAGUCAUAGCUCCGUUUUUAACCGUUUGAUUUACAAAAUGUUUAACGUUUUGGAAAGGACAUUCAAUUGGGCAAAUUGUGCAGUCUAGGUUUGGAAGAUCAGAAGAUGGAAUCUUGGAUGAAAGACAAAUUUGACGAAUUGGGCGAAGAUCUGAAGAGCGAAAUAAGGGAGCAGCACAUAGCAACUGUUAAAGACCUGAAAAUGUUUGUUGAAAGGAAAUUAAGGGUUACACAGACAGAAGCAAAAGACAUAGAAAAUGAAGAUGAGGAGAUUUCAGAUGUAGAAGAGAAGACAUCAAGCACUUCUGAAGAUGAUAAAGUGCUGCAGAUUUCAGAUACAGAAGAGAAGAAAGAAGACGAUAGGGAAGAAAGUUAUCCACCAAGUUUCGUUUUUGGUAGAGGAAAAGGGAAGAGACAUUUACAGCUGCACCCUGAUUGCAGUGAGCCAGCAUCAACAGGAAGUUCCAUGCCUGACCAAGAGAGUUGGCUGAUACAAUACAUGCUGAGCCAAUUUUCACCAGCAAGUUCUAUUCCUGGGAUGGGGUCAGUUCCAUCCGGCUCCGGACUACAGAAAAGAAAAAGUAGCCAAGGUGAAAUGCAGCCAUCUGGGUUAGUACCUUCCUGCUCCAAGCUACCGAAAAGAAAACGUAGCGAAGAUGAACAACAGCCAACUGGCCUACUUAAAGUACAGCCAUCUGAUCAAGUUGAACAACAGCCAUCUGUGUCAGAUGUUGCAACUGCAGCCUCCACAGUACUAAAAAGAAAAAGUAGCGAAGGUGAACAAACGCCAUCGGCAUCAGCUCUUGCAAAAAGUAAAG